AUGCGAGCAGAGGAAGAAAUAUUAUGCAUGGACAGUGGGUCACCCUCCAAGUGGACUCUUUCAGUGGAUGGAUCAAGUAACAUGAAUGGAAGCGGACUCGGGUUAGUACUGACUACACCAGAGGGAGAUGUCAUCCAGCGGGCAAUACGAUGCGGGUUCAAGUGCACAAACAAUGAAGCUGAAUAUGAGGCUCUCAUCGCUGGACUCUCCCUAGCUAAAGAAAUCAGAGCGAGGAGACUAGAGGUGAAGUCCGACUCCCAACUCAUAGUCAACCAGCUGCAAGGUACUUACCAGGCACGCGACUCGAAGAUGACAACAUACUUGAACCUGGUCAAAGAACUGCAAGCCCAAUUUAAAGAGUUCUUCAUCGCCCAGGUCCCAAGAGCGGAGAACUCUCACGCUGAUGCCCUUGCCAACCUUGGCUCAGCACUCCAAUGUUCUUCUCAGUCAUCCAUCCCUCUGUUAUUCCUGCAAUGGCCAGCCAACUGA